UGAUGUGAGUGCGAGAAGAAGGCAACAGUAUGAGUGUUUUGGGGAAGGAUCAAACCAGUGGAGGCAAAUAGAGUGAGUGAAGAGUGAAGAGCGAAGAGCGAAGGGGAAAGAGAAAAGAAAAAAUGAAACGGUUUUUCAAAGUGGUGGAGAAAGAUUCAGAUGGGUCUGUGAAGAAGCCAAGAGAGAAUGAUUCGGAGGCUGAAGAAAGUAAUGAGAAGAAGGAGCCGUUGAAGUUUAUGACUUGGAAUGCCAACAGCUUUCUCCUUCGAGUCAAAAACAACUGGCCCGACUUCACCAACCUCAUCACCACUUUUGAUCCUGAUCUCAUUGCCAUACAGGAAGUGCGGAUGCCUGCUGCUGGUGCCAAGGGCGCGUCUAAAAUUCAGGGAGAAAUAAAAGACGAUACAAGCGCGGCCAGGGAAGAAAAGAAGAUUUUGACACGUGCACUUUCUGCUCCACCUUUUGGGAACUAUCACGUUUGGUGGUCUCUUGCAGAUUCAAAGUAUGCAGGGACAGCACUACUGGUGAAAAAAUGCUUCAAGCCAAAAAGUGUUGUUUUCAAUCUUGAUAAAUUAGCUUCAAAGCAUGAACCAGAUGGUCGAGUAAUCCUAGUUGAAUUUGAAACACUUCGUUUAUUGAAUACAUAUGUACCAAAUAAUGGAUGGAAAGAGGAGGCAAACUCAUUUCAAAGGAGAAGAAAAUGGGACAAAAGGAUACUGGAAUUUGUUACACAAAGUUCAGACAAGCCUUUAAUAUGGUGUGGGGAUCUGAAUGUCAGCCAUGAAGAGAUCGAUGUGAGUCAUCCAGACUUUUUCAGUGUGGCAAAACUCAAUGGUUAUAUUCCUCCAAAUAAAGAGGACUGUGGGCAGCCUGGGUUUACCUUGUCUGAAAGAAAACGGUUUGGUACCAUUUUAAGAGAGGGGAAGCUGGUGGAUGCCUACAGAUUUCUGCAUGAAGAUAAGGACAUGGAGCGAGGUUUCUCAUGGUCUGGAAACCCAGUGGGAAGGUAUCGUGGAAAACGAAUGAGAAUAGACUACUUUUUAGUUUCAGAGAAGCUAAAAGAAAGGAUUGCUGCAUGUGAAAUGCGUGGACAUGGGAUAGAGUUAGAAGGUUUCUAUGGAAGUGAUCAUUGUCCAGUUACCUUGGAGCUCUCUCCUAGUUCUAACUCUCAAAAUGAGGAUCCAAUAUAAGAAGUGUUUAUGUUACAAAGCCACGGUCAUAAUUUUUUCUCUAUUGUCUGGACUCUGGAUGCUGAAUGUUUCCUUAAUGAAAAGUUAUUUUUCACCAUGUUUCUCUGGCACGAACUGGGUGUGUACUUACAAGUUACAUCCAACACUAACAAUACUAUGGUACCAUUGCAGCAAAUGGUGGCCACUCUAGAUAGCAUUAGAAGAAAACAAAGUAGUUGGGCUCAUCAAUUCGGUUGUCAUAUCGAAAUUAAAAUGAUGUGUGGGGGCAGCCUACAAAAUUAUAACUCGCUUGAUGCCGAGCAAAUUCUUUUAUGUCACUUGUCGCUUUCUAUUUCCUCCAUGUUUUUAAACCAAAAUCAUGUGGGUUUAGGCAAUUUUCAUCCCAGAAAUCUUUCUUUCUUUCA